GGAUAAAAGAUGAGUCCAUGCCACUUUUAAUAAAUGUAAAAAAAUUUAAAUUUAGUAACCAUUAAAAAAAACAUUUUAUAUUAAUUUUUAAACAUAGUUUUGUAAAUUAAUGUUAUCAAAUUUCGCAUCAGUAGGAAAGCUUAUACCUUUGUAGAUUAAAUUUAAAAUGUGUAGUUUUUAUUGUUUUUAAUUUUGUAAAAUGAGAAGGGAAUCUCCAAAUAUCAGUGAGUUGAGGCCAAUGGCCUCAGACCACCACGAAAGGGAGGCUAAUAAUCAGCAAGAAUUCGAUUCGCCUUCCAAGGAGUUCAAAGAUUUGCUAGAAAAGGGCCUAAAGGAACCAAAUGUGCAAAGAGCACAAAAUUUAAGUUCGAGUCAGAACGAUGUGUCUGUAUCAAUCGAAAAUAAAGUGCUAUGGCUGCCAUCAGGCAAGGGUUUGGGCCCUGACUACAAGAGUAGAGCAUAUCGCGUUUGUCAAAAGGAUUUUUCACACAAUUACUUCGUUUAUUAUAUGUAUACACCCGUUUGGUCGGCAGUUCUUUCCAUUUCACUGGGAGUCUUGCUGGCUGUUUUGACCUUGAUUUUGUUCUUUUUCUCAAGUUCAGUUAAUGUGGAAGUGCCAUACACAGAACUUGACCAGGGACCAAUCAUAGUUAACAUAACCAAGGACUUCAAGCCUCCAAUAUACAUCUACUACAAAAUCUCUGAGUUUUACGUCACUCAUAAAAAAGUCGUUUAUGACUCGGGACCUUCAUUAGCCGCUAAAAGCACAUGCCAAAAUUAUAAGACUUUUGCUGAGAUAUUGGACUUGCGCUGUAUUAAUGGAAAGAACACUUUGAAUGGAAUUGACGAAUGGUGCCAGAACCACAAUCAGAAUCCACAGUUUAACCUCCCUGCAUACCCAUGUGGGCCCCUGGCAGCCACGAUGAUGACUGACAACUUUGAGAUUUGUCCGAACGUGGUACCUAGAAACGCAGCUGGUACCUACGAAGGAGCCGAUUUCAACGGUUGCCUGGAUAUACAAAUUCACGAUUACCCCGAUUUAUGGCGUUUUGGACCUUUCAACGUUAAGAGGAAGCAGUACACUAAGGGAUUUUGCUGGAUAGACUUGAGUAAUCCACUGUACCACUCAUGGCUUCAGCACCCGUAUGCAAACACGUUCCUGAAACCUUACGGGGUGAUUUACGACGAGGUACCUGAAGGAGAGUACAAGAUCCACCUGGUUAAUAACCUGUGGCCUGACCAGGAGUGGAAGGCGAGGAAAUCAAUCUACAUAACCUGCAUUAACUUCUUGGGAACAAAGUCACUACCACUUGAAAUUGCACUUCUCUCAAUCAGCGGAUUAUACAUUGUGACUGGAAUUAUACUUUUAAUAUUGUACUACUCUGGCUUCAAAAUUGAGAAGUCACCAUGGCGUGGACUGGUCAAGGUAACAGCAGGAAUAGUUACAGAAAAGGAAGAAAUAAUUAGAAGGUCUAGCAUAAUGGAGGAUGAUUACGGGUCAUUCGAACCUCCACCAAAAUUAGGGAAAUGCCUGUGCCCCUUACAUUAA